CUGUUACGCUCUCUCUCCUCUUGACCUCUGGCAGCACCCCUGUUACGCUCUCUCUCCUCUUGUGUGUUAUGCUGUGGUGUUGACCUGUGACCCCUGUGCUGUCUAUUGUCAGGUGAUAUUCUACCUGGGGCAGUACAUCAUGAAGAAGCAGCUUUAUGACAUGAAGCAGCAACACCUAGUGCACUGUGCUGACGACCCACUGGGGGCUGUACUGGGAGUGGACAGCUUCUCUGUUAAAGAGCCACGAGUCCUCUUCGCUAUGAUCACACAAAAUCUCCUAGCAGUGCAAAAUCAAGAAUCCCAGUCUCUGGAUAAACCGGAUAGAGGGCCUAAGGAAACAGACUCAGACUGUCCUUCAUCAUCUACCUCAGAACGGAGGAGGAGGAGGAGUGACCCUG